AUGAACACAAAAUUAUCUUCGAAACGAUUCUCGGUGGGAUAUGAAUCGGUGAAUACCAAUAGUUCAAAGAUAAACGACAGUGUAACGCCCAUCACGGUUACCUGGGAGAAUAUUGAAGUGAAAACCCGGAAAAAAGGAAAAUCACUUCUGAAUCGAGUCUCCGGAAUAGCAAAACCGGGAGAAAUGGUGGCAUUGAUGGGUACAAGUGGUGCGGGAAAAACUACAUUGUUGAAUGUGUUAAUGGAUAGAAAUAUGAAGGGGUUGGAGAAGAAAGGAACGGUGAAAGUGAACGGGAAAGCCAUUGGCGAGAAGAUUUCGUUGAUUUCUGGUUUCGCACAACAGCAGGAGAUUUUCAUACCAACACUUACUGUGAAGGAGUAUUUAAUGAUACAGGCAAAAUUGCGAAUGAAAGCCAACAAGUCAACCCGGAUCGAGCGAGUAGAAGAGAUAAUGGACAUGUUAGGUCUUCAAAAGUGUCGAAAUUCGAAAAUUGGAAAUCCAGGACUUGUAAAAGGGAUCUCCGGUGGAGAAGCACGUCGUCUAACUUUUGCCUGUGAAUUACUAUCCAAUCCAUCGCUUCUUUUCGCCGAUGAACCAACUUCUGGCCUAGAUUCGUUUAUGGCGGCUACUGUAGUUCAGAUAAUGAGGGAUUUGGCGAAUUCUGGACGAACGCUAAUUGCAAUUAUUCAUCAACCAACAGCCGAUUUGUAUUUUCAAUUCGAUAAAAUUAUAUUUUUAUCGUUGGGACGGACUGCGUUUAUGGGAACGCCAGAGGAGUCCAUUCAAUUUUUCUCGGAUUGUGGUCAUCCAAUUCCAAAAAAUUUCAAUCCUCCCGAAUGGAUCCAAGAAAAGCUGUCCGUUCAACCAAUCGAGGAAAUUGAAAGCUAUCAAAGAAUCAUGAAUAUAAUUCAAGUUUUUGAAACUACAAAAUUCUCAAAAACAUCUACAAUUGAGCUGCAAAUGAUUCCGAGCACAAAACUACCCCCGUUCAUUGAAAAUCCGGGAUUUUUUGUGGAGACUGGAGCACUUUUGAAGAGAGCUUCUAUCGAUGUGAUCCGUUCGCCGGCUCAAAUGCGGAUGAAGCUGAUCCAAAAAAUCGUGAUGGGAUUGUUCAUCGGAAGUCUCUACUGGCAACAACCGCUCGAUUGGCGUGGAGUCAGAAAUACGAAUAGUGCUUUGUACUUUUUGAUCGCCGAGCUCACUUUUUCUACAAUGUUCGGGAUUAUGACGUUUAUGGAGCACGAGUUGCCAUUGAUUGCAAGAGAGUAUCAUGAUGGAUUGUUCUAUGUGAUUAGUUAUUAUGUUUCCAGAUGUCUGUCCUAUCUCCCACUUUUCACAUUCGAUGGAGCCAUCAUGGUGAUCAUUUCAUACUGGAUGAUUGGAUUGAACAAUACUUUGCAACAAGUUCUCAAAAGUAUUCUGAUUGCAGUUCUAGUUGAGCAAUCCGCCACGUCGUGUGGCCUAUUCUUGGCAUGUCUCUUUGAAACUACAUCGGUGGCUAUUGCGUUCGCUGUUCCGAUAUCGGGUCUUUUUGCAUUGCUCAGUGGACUUUACGGAAAUACAAACAAUUUUCCUGUGUAUAUUCAAUGGAUGCAAUGGACCAGUUGGUUUAGAUACGGUUUCGAAGGACUCGUUGUAAACCAAUGGACCAAAAUCGAUAAUCCGAAAUUUUCCAAUUUUUUUCGGGAUUUCAUUUUGGAUCAAUUCUCGUUCAAAGCUGAUAAUUAUCCAAUGGAUGUGAUUGGAUUGGGAUCAAUUGUUUUGUUUUUUUAUGUCGCUGGAUAUGUGGCACUUUUGGUCCGGAUAAGGAUGUCGAGAUGA